AUGGCGUUUCUGUGGGACUUGGCGAGCCUCCUGGUGCUCCUGAGCUCAGCGCGCUUCGAAGACGCACACCUGGUGGCUGCAGAGGGGGGCCUAUCGCCCGUUGUAAACAUGAAGCUAGAUCCGAGAAGAAAACUGCUGACCUGGAAUUAUCGGAGAAACGUGACCUGGCAAGAAUGCAAAAUAGAUACCCCGCCCAAGUUUUCCACCCGGCAACGCCCACAGGCCCGAGACGACACCUACUUCUGCCGAUUCCCAAACGCCGUGGUGCACAGAGGCGCCACCCUGACCGUGACCGUGUCCGCCGACGGGGAGACGUUUCAGGAAGUCCUGGACUUUCGCAACUCAGGCAGGGAAGGCUCCGGGGCUGUCAACUUCUCCUGCCUCAUUUACGACGUGCACCUCAUGAAGUGUAGCUGGAGGCCGGGCCCGGCCGCCCCCGCCGACAUCCAGUAUCACCUGUACGGCUGGACGUCCAGGCAGGACCGUGAGGUCGAAUGUCCCCGAUACAUCGCUGACUUGAGGGGGACCCACGUGGGCUGUCAUUUUGAUGAGCUCGUGGGACCCCAGCUGACAGAAACCUACUUCUUCUGGGUGAACGGAACCAGCCAGGAGACCGCCGUCCAGUUCGUGGACGUCUCUCCGCUGAAAACCAUUGAAAUGGAAAAGUAUAACCCCCCAGCAAACAUCACGGUUCAGUACAACGGGUCCCAUCACAUUAUCCGGUGGGACAACCCCAAGAUGAGACUGGGCAUGUCGAGCGGUGCCUUGUGCUACGAACUGGACAUCCAAAGGGAGGUGUUGCAAAGAGGGAGUGAGGACAACGUCUACGUGAUGCCAAGUUCGUCCGCGAGCGCCCAGCACACGGUGCGAGCCCGGGUGAAGUUUGCCUACAGCCGGCUGUGGAGUGACUGGAGCGAUGCGCUGCGCUUUGGAUGCAACUUUAAGGCCCCAGCUGGUGGCCACUUCCGGCUCCAGGAUGCCCCCGUCAGGGGCCUCCCGGAGCAGGAUGUCAGCGGCACCCCUGUGGCCCUCGUGGGGCUGGUGGUGGGUGUGGCAGCUUUGGUCACCACCGUCUUGAUGUUCCUAUGCACAAGGUUCUCCCUGAGAGGAAAGCUGUUCCCUCCAGUGCCGCAGGUGAAAAGGGAGGUGGUGGGCACCUUAGUGCCCUUCCCGGAGGUCACCUGGGAUGGGCACAGCCCACCGCUGAGCUUACAGGAACCCGAGGACAUCCUUGCACUAGAGGAAAUGAGGCCCUUUGGGAGCAGACAAGCAGAAAUGGUGGACCCAGCAGGGCCCCACCACCAUUCUGAAAACAUCAGUCCCGAGCAUCGUCCCCUCGAUGCGUAA